CGAGAUUGGUAAUGAGGUAAUCUGGAAUGAAGAGYCAUGCUCGCAAAUUAUGGUCAUUUUGUACUAUUAGUUCAUAUUUCCUGCCUUAUCUGGUCAACAUACAGUGCCGGGAUUCCACGGUGCUCAAAAAUCAACCCWAUACAUAUUAACAAAAAUAUCUAUAUAAAUGACACAAAAGGAACGAUCUACAGCCCUGAUUACUCGUCAAUUACUAAAUACCCAGCAAAUAUGGAUUGUAAAUGGGUAAUAAGUGCAAACUAUGGAAAAAUUGUUCAACUAACUUUUACGCUAUUCGAUCUUGAGCCCUCGUCGCCUAUCAGCGGUUGUUCGCUGGAUUACGUGCGUGUGAUUGAUGGCUUGGAAUUAUCUGGCGCUGUCAUUGGUGAUUACUGUGGAACUCUAAGUGAAUUUACUGCUAAAUCAUCAAAGAGCUUUUUAACUUUGGUUUUCCAUUCAAAUCGUUUCAUUGAACGAGGAGGAUUUAUAGCGAACUAUAAGAUAUUAAACGCACCGGCUAAAGAUUCUGAUACAGGUAAAUUAGUUCCAGUCCCUCUCAUUAUAGCUGGUGUAGUCAUAACUGUACUUGUUAUCAUCACCAUUGUAUGUAUUGCUGUCAGCGGCAAGUUUUCAACGAGAACUCGUAAACGCGCCCAACGACAAAUGAGCCGGUCAUCUCUUGGUUCAAGUGUUUCUAUGCGCUCGUCUACGCUAGGGUCACGUGUUACAAUGCGCUCGUCGCGGACUGGAUUACCUCAUAGUAUUGCGAGUUUAAGAAGCCAUAAAAAAGGAAGUCCGUUAAUCAAGUCAACGUUUGCUCUGCCAGAAUUGAUUGUUACAAACGAGGAAGGGAAACAGACUCGUAUUUUUCCGGAAAAAGCUAAAACCCGAGCAUUCGUCCACACGUCGCCGCACUCGAGGAGAAGACAUCACUUUGUAACUCUGAAACACAGAAGACUUUCAGCAGAGAACAUCAUAUACCCGACCCCACCCCCCCGCAAGCGCAAUAUGACCGCAUAUACAAAUUGGAACGUCUACACAUCGAAAAGUGGCAUGCUUUCCAAUCCGACACCAUCGUCACCGUCUUCUAGACGGCAUUCGAUUGGGUCUGUGAAAGGUGGCGUCAUAACAUGAUUGACGUCAUAACACGACUAUCAAUAGGCGUACGCACGAGAAAGGUGUUCUCGGGCCGGCUGGUGUACAGUAAGAUCCGGCAUAUAAGAUCACCCAUUUUUGGAGUUCAGGCUGAUUGUGUUGUUUUAAUAUGGUAUCUGAUAGGCCGUUGCAUUAUGACGUAACUUUAAUACAACUACCAG